AUGAGUGGGCCCUCAGGAAUGAUGCCUGAGAAUAUGUUUCAGAACAUCUGCAGGUCGAUUGGACUGGUUCGGUCAGGUCGCAAGGCCGACAUCGCGGGCCGCUUGGAGCAGUUUUUCUCCAGUGGAAAAUACCAGGGAGAUAACGCACGCUUACUUGCGGUUCGAGCGCUCAUAAUGAAAGCAUCAAUAGGACAGGAACUUCCGCCUUACCAGGUGCUGUAUGCUACGUAUCGCACCAAUGCCCACACAAUCCAUGUUCCAAACCAGUACACGCCAGACCAGCCGUCAGCGCCGCCACCAGCACCUGCUCCCGUCCCUCGACCGGCUCCAACUACUGUGUUCAAGAGGAGUGAUUUCUACAGUCUUAGACAACGAAUACAUGCGAAUGGCAUGAAUCCUGUUCUUGCGCCCCAAAAGAUAAAGGAUCGAGGCUGUUGCAGAUUUGUUUUCAACCUGCUUCCAGAGGAAAGACAGCUGCUGACGAGCAGUCCCAACAUGAGAGCGUGUCUGAUUUCCGCACAGCGGUCUGCUUCCAUGAGCGAGCAGGACCUGGAAUUCCCGCAACCGAACGAGAUCACGCUAAACGGCAUAAAACUGAAGCAAACAGGACGGGGAAUUAAAGGCAAGCCAGGGUCUGCGAAGCCCAUAGACUUGACCGAGCACUUGCGAUUGGGCGAAACUAAUAGAUUGGAUGUGGUGUACGCGUUCACCAACGUCGAUUUUUGGCUAUACUUGUAUAUUGUGGAGACGAUACCGGUGAGCUUGCUUCUGGACCGGAUUGUCAAUAAGGCGCACAUUUCAGAGCAACAGACCAUCGAAAGCAUCAUGGAGAGACAUCAGGAGGACGAUGACGAUCUAAUUCAGACGGAGAAAGAGGUGGUUUCGCUGAUGUGUCCCUGCUCAUUUAUCAAGAUGAGGUAUCCGUGCCGGUCAACCAAAUGCCGCCAUAUCCAGUGUUUUGACGCGCUCUCGUUCUUGCAGUUGCAGCAACAGGCUCCGACAUGGCAGUGUCCCGUGUGUUCUUCCCGAAUCGAGCUUAGCGACCUGGCCUUAGACGACUAUUUUCUAAAGAUAGUGGAGCAAACGGGGGAAGACGACGAAGCAAUCGAAAUCGACGAGCAGGGCAACUGGACCAUAAAGCACGAGACCGAGCAGUCAAGAGAGCAGAGCGAGCAGCCUCAGGCUCACGCAAAAAGCGAGGAGCCGGUGGCUGUCAUCAGUCUUGACAGCGAAGAUGAUGAAGAAGAUGCACAGGAGAUGCAGAAUGAUGUCCACAGCGGAACGAACUCUGCUUUGCAGCAAAGCCGUCCAGAAAGUACUGACGCGCUUUCAUUGCAGGUUUCGGAACACCGAGAGGGAACUAAUGAGGCAGAGAAUAUGCACGCUGUUUCUCUGCCCCCAGCUCCACGACCCCGUGCUUUCGAGGUGAUCAGCCUGGAAUCUGACGAAGAAACAGACGUGAACGGCUCCGAAACGUACCCGCCAGAGUCUUCCGAGACUCCGAAUUUCGUCGAGGGACUGCCCCACCACGCUCAAAAUUACCAGCCAUUCGAGCCCGCGGCUGAAGAGCUGGCUAAAAAAUCUGCCGCGUAUUCGGCCGAACAAAAACAGGAGUCGACAGAGAAAGUUAGUGCGCAGACUCUUUUCAUGCACGACACGUCCCCUGACGUUGUCGGGAACGGCAGCUCGGACAUGGGCCGCGGGGAGAGUGACGCGGCCCAGACCAAAAAUAGCGACCCCCUGCUGGGAUUUCAUCUACCGUUGUAA